AUGCAGGUCGAAACUCUGCGCCAGCUGCGCAGCCUGGUUCACGACUGCCUGGCGAAGCACAUGUACGAUGCCGCAGUAUUCUUUGCGGAUAAGUUGGUGACAUUGACAGACCAUGCGCCAGCCGAGGUCUACACAUUGGCACAAGGCUUCUACUGCUCGGGCCAGCACCGGCGCUGUCUCCACCUGCUCCGCACCACCCAGCUCCUGGACAAGGAUGUGCGAAUACGAUACCUGGCUGCCAGGUGCAUGCUGGCAAGCGGGGAGCUGGACGAGUGUCUGGAGCUGUUGGGCGGGGAGGAGGCCGCGGGUCCCGGUGACCUGCAGCUGGGCGCCCUGCCCCCCUCCUCGCCCGGCACUGUCAGCUACCUCUCUGUGGUGUGCAUGCUGCGCGGCCGCGUGUACGACGCCCAGGAGAACUUCCAGCGGGGCACGGCCUGGUACCAUGCCGCGCUGCAGGCAGACCCAUUCAAUUACGAGGCCUUCCACACGCUGGUCGGCAGCCACCGGCUGACCCCGGCGGAGGAGGCUGAGCUGCUGGACAGCCUCGCCAUCCCGCCCGAGCACGGCUGGCUGGGCCUCCUCUAUGCCGCACGCAGCCGGCAGCACGACGCCGGCAGCCGCGUGGAAGCUGCCCUUGACGCGCUGGAGAACGUGGCCCCCAACAUGCAGGCCUCGGCGGGCGGCGGGGCGGGUGGUGGGGAUGGCGCCGCCCCGGCCCCCGGCUGGGGCCUGGCCGGGAACGUGGACGUGGUGGCCGCGCGCGCCGACUGGCUGGCGCACCGCUCGCGGCACGCCGAGUGCUGGGCGCUGACGCGCGAGGCGCUGCAGCGCGACCCCUACGCCGGCCAGUGCCUGGCCGCGCACUGCGCGGCGGGGGUGGCCCUGCGCCGGCGCCAGGACCUGUUUGUGCUCGCGCACCGCGCCAUGGAGGAGGCGCCGGAGGCCGCCGCCUCCUGGCACGCGGUGGGGUGCUACCACCUGGCCACGCCCGCGGGCGGGGAGGCGGCGUGCCGCGCCUUCUCCCGCGCCACGCGCACCGACCGCGGGCACGCGCCGGCCUGGCUGGGCCUGGGCGCGGCGCUGGGCGCCUGCGGCGAGACCGCCGCCGCGCUGGGCGCGUACCGCACCGCGUCCCGCCUCUUCCCGGGCCUGCACGACCCGCUGCUGGGCAUGGCGCGCCAGUACGCGGCCAUGAGCAACGCCCCCCUGGCCGAGCAGGUCCUGGUGCAGGCGCAGCGCAUGUGCCCCUCCGACCCCGGCGUCUGCAACGAGCUGGGGGUGCUGGCCUUCCGCUCGCGCCAGUACGACACCGCGGCCCAGUGGUUCCGCAUUGCCCUGGCUUGCGUGCCCAGCCACCAGUCGGCAGGCACCCACACCGCGCUGGCCUUCACGUACCAGCUGCAGGGCCGCACCGGCGAGGCCGUGGAGCAGUACCACAUUGCGCUGGGGCUUGCGCCUGAUGACACGUUUGCGGCAGAGAUGCUGGCCCUGGCGGUCGAGGAGGAUGUGGGAGCCUUCAUGGACAGUCUGGAGGCGUGA